AUGGCCCCCGAUCCCGGCCCCCUCCCCUCCAGCCCCAACCACAACCAGCCAUUGGUCAAAAACCCAUACCAUCGCUUCUGCCAAGCCAUCCUAUCCCAACAUUCCCAAAUACCAGGCCCUUUCCAACCCGUCAGGAUCAAAAUCGUCAUUUCUAUGGCUGGUUCCUCCGAUCUCAGCGGCCGAGUCCCCCCCCUUCCGUUUGAAAACGCCCCCGAUGGCUCGCAGGAGUCGUGGUUAGGCCCUUCCCAAGCAGCCAGCCGCAAUGCCGAGUCCUUCCGCGUGUUCCAUGACAACCCGUGCACCGAAAGCCAAUUCAGGAAUGCUUACAAUGCGUCGGAUGGCCGGGCGACAGGCUUGGAGUCGGCACCAACGAGGCCUCAACUACGGCCCUUAUAUCUGGACUACCAGGUUUACCAUCGAUCCGUGGCCAGUCAGCUCGGGCAAACGUCCGGGGCAAAUGAAUGGCGUAGUGUGAUCCCUCCGAAAAAGUCCGAGACCGUUUGGAAGGUCGAUCUGUCUUACUAUUCGUGGGACCUUUGUAAGCAGGAGAUCAUUCGCUUGUGCGGCCCGACUCGCGAACAUAUCGAUAAACACCUCCGGCGGCUCAAGGCGGAGGGGUUGCUCAAAUGGCAAUGCAUCCUCCAUAGGGACGGAAUGUUUGCGCAGAACAAAAACUACUUUGCGACGAAUGACGAGGAUUUCGCCCCGUUUGUCCAGGCUUUCGGCAAUAAUUCAACGAACAAGGCGAUGAUUAAGAUCAUCAUGGAAGAUCCGAAUAGGUCCGCCAAGGACUCCGAAGAGGCUAAAAAGGUCAACGACAGUCUGGCGUUGAAUUAUGCAGACGAGGACACCCGCCUGGCCUUGCAGCGGGUGCAUACCCGCCUGGCUGUAAAUCCCAAGUCAGAUGUCAGUGCACAGGAACGAGGCCGACUAGUGGCCGAGAUCACGCGUCACAUCAAGGGCAAAUACGGAUGUGACGCGGAGUCAAUGCGCGUGCGUGAUCCUGAGGACCCAAAGAGAUCGAUCCGCGUGACCACCGAAGCCCUCCGGGCCUGGAGUCGGGCGAUGCUCCACGGGGCGCCUGGGGUGGACUUGGAUAACCCGCCAAAGUGUAAAGAGUGUACACCUGAGGAUGUGGCCGUGCUCACUCUGGAUGAAAUGGCCGCAAAACAGGAAGCUCGACUGUCACGGCACAAGAGGACAUCAUCCCCAGCGAAGCCGAGGUCGUCGGCCGGCACGUCGCCGGUGAAGUCUCCAGCCGUCGGUGUGCCGGCGUCGGCCCUUUUUUUGGGUGACAAACCUAGUGGAUUGUUCUUCACGCCGCCCCGCCGUUCCGCCUCUGGUCGCAUCCUUGCUCCUCGACUGAUGACCGGGGAUCCGGGCCAAUCACAUGACAGCACGGCCGCCGCUCCCCGCCGGUCAUCCAACCUCUCGAACAGCACCUCCAUCUCAGUCCGCAGCGAUACGCCCGCUGUCCGCGUCGACCUGGGCGCCUCCAUGGGCUAUGAAGACCUCACUGGGCCUGGCGAUGAGCACGAGGUCAGCUGGCAAACGUCGACCCCAGUCGAAGACGAUGUCCCCAGGGACGUCAGCACCCAGGGUACGGACAUCGAGGUACUCCCGUCCGGCACUAUCCUUCGGUCCCCCUCGCGCAAGUUGGCUCGUAGUCCAGUAGGCGAGGGCAUCGUUCACAAUUUCAGCAGGCUUGAAUUCGAGCGGCCUCGGUCCCCGUCAAGAUAUCUGUCGGUGUCUCCAACUCGCAAGCGGCCUGGUUCCCAGGCCUCGUCGUCGUACCCUUCGGUGGACAUGACUGAUAAGGCCCCUUUGAAUGAGCUGGGUCGAGCGCUCACUAUUGACGAUUUCUUGCGACUCUGCAAUUUCACCGACGACGACCACGUUCCUAGGGUGUUGAUCUCCCUCAACCACAUUCGCAGAUGGGAUUUUUUCCUCGACACUAAUUUCUACGUACUCCAAAAGAUGGGAUUCCCUUACCCCAUAGCCACACAACUAUUGAAGGGGGCCAAGUGGCUUGAGGCCACACACGUUCAACUCGACACCGCGGGAAUACGCCCUGCUGAAGCUUCCGCGGCACACGCGUCUGUGGACGGACGAGGACCCAAUUCCGUCCCUGAUCCUGCCCACGCUUCUUCAUCUGCCGACGAUGCGGGCGCUCCGCCGGUUGCGGGGCCAUCAGGCGCCCGUGUGGCCUCCCGUGCGAGCAAUUCCGAGUGUCCGGAAUCUAUCCCUGAUUCCAACGAGGCCGACGACAAUACCCCAAGCCUUGGAGGAGGAGGGGCAACCUCGGAUGCUGAUUACCAACCGUCCCCCGAAUAUUGA